CCACAUCUAACUUCCUUGACUGGUUGGGCUUGGUGGAGCUUAUGCCUGUACUCACAGGCUCAGAGACGGAGACACCUGUCAGACACACAGAGAGAGAGAGAGAGAGAGAGACAGAGACUCCCCCCUCCACUCACACCAGCCUCACUCAGUGGGACAAACUCAAUCUCGACUGAACUACAUGGACUUUGCUCUGCUGGGUAUUAAGUGAAAGCAGGUGGACUAAAACAAUCAAAGAAGAGAAACGUCGAGAACAAACAUGUCAAAAGAGGGGGACAGAGCUGCUGUAAUGCGCACCACCAAGGUGCGGACCAAGCUGAAGGGAGAUUUCAGCUGGAUGCAGAGCCGCAGUGAAUCUCAGGACGAAAGUGACGGGGACAAACCCUGGAUAGCAGAGGUGAGGGCUAGCCGUGUGAAUGGAGCCCCUAUCGAGACCAGUCCAGCGCCCUCACCAACAAAGUCCACUCCGCCACCCACCAAGCCUGACACCGAAAGAGCGCCAACGUCCGGAUACCUGAUCAGAGGCGUUUUCACCAAACUAGACGACAAGUCUGCAUCAUCCUCAACAUCUAAUGGUUUAAGCAGCAGCAGCAGCACGGCGACACAAUUCAGCAAAAAACCUUCAGAGAGCUACAAGAGAAUCGCUCCCCACACUGUGAGGCCUACUUCAGAGACCCAGGACGAUCAGCUCAGCACUGAGGAGCUGGAGAAACGGACGGAGGCAGCCAGCAGUGUUCUGCAAACAACUGCAGGCAGGCAACGGUCUUAUGUGCUUUCUGCCGCUAAGAAAUUCGAGUCUAAAGAUCCCGAAACCCCAGUGGUCAACAGCAGUCCAUCAUUUGUGGCUAAAAGGGUGGAGAUUAUUGACGACGAUGAGAGCACCCCAACCCCAUCGCCCGUCAAGUCUCCGCCCCCGGCCCCUGUCACACCCGUUUCCUCUGCGCCGAAAGCCAGACCAAGGAAAAUAGCGGACACUAGUGUGAAAUCAUCUGUUGAUGUCACCGUCAAUGAACCAGUGGCGCCAAAGGCGCAGGAGACUGCGUCAGAGGCUGUGACAAAAGUAGACCCUGCUCCUGUGCCCAUGACACCAAAAGACCCAUUUGAAGACAUGGCACCAGGGUGCACCAAGGUGGCCACGCCUCUCCCCGAACUCGUCCCCGUGUUUGUUCAAGCUGUCAGUACAAAGCCCGAACCAGAGGCUCCAGAUGUUUCUGUGCAAUACGACGCCAAGCUGGUUGAACUCACCCCAACAUCACCGACCGAGGAGUGGACCGCGCCACCACCUUCUGUCCCAGAAUCCUCUGACUCAUCGUUUUCUACUGUAACAGCCGUCUCAGUCAUGACAGAAUAUAUUUCUCAACCCGAUCAAAACCCUGAACCAGAAACGGAACCAGACCCCGAACCUCAACCAGAAGCAGAACCAGAAGCAGAAGCAGAACCAGAACCAGAACCAGAAACACAACAAGAACCGGAUCUGAGCGCCAAAGUUGAGACUCUCACUGCCUUUUAUGACUCUCUCAUUUCUUUCGACUCAACUAGUUCAACAAGUCACAAGGAUGAGCCAGAGCUGGUGCAGGAGGAAGGAAGCUUGGUGGACACUCGCACAACCGAGAUCAGUGAUAAAAAGGAGCCAGUUCUCGCACUCAGCAGCCGUGAAGUACUAACAGACGAUCUCCUGGCUCUCAAUGAUGGUCCAGAAGAAUCAGCACAGCCGGUUCCUCAAAGCCCUGGACGCUGGAGUCAGGAUCUGCUCGGUGGAGUAGACAGUGAGGCGGAACCAGCCAAGACCAGCCAAGGUGUCCUGGAUCUCCUCUCUAAUGACGUGAUUCCAAUCAACGCAGAAGCACAAAGCCACAGCACACAGCCAGAAGAGGAGGAGGAAGAGGAAGAAGAGGAGGAGGAGGAGGAGAAGCAGUCUGAGGAGACAGCCAAAGAGACAGAAAGCACCACUGAAACAGUCACUAUAACCACCACAACUGUGAUUAUUACUGACAAAAGUGAGGAGCACAACGCAGAUCCCUGGAGCUCGCGCGUGGCGACGACAACGUUCACUGAGUCGAGCUCGGCUGAUCCGUUUGAUCCAUAUCCGAUAGGGACCACAUCCCCGAACAGCUCCCCUGACCUGCUCCAGCCCCUCGCAGAUAUUCCCAUCAACAGCGCACCAAUCGUUUUAAUGGAGAACAAUGAUCCAAGUCCAGAGACAAACGUGUUUGACAGUGUGAGUGGUGACGCCAGGAAACCCCUCGCAGAUGACGUUAUGCCCCUCAGCAACACAAGUCUCAGCACUCACCGGUCGUGGGCGCACACAUGGGAGACCGGCUCACCUCAGCAGACUAACACAGAAGAGAGCCAAAAGCCUGAACCAGAAGACCAAGCUGAAGCUCAACAGACGGUGGUCAUGUUUGAGAGGAAGUCCACUGAGAAUGAUUCACCGUGGGACAGAUGGACGUCACCCACCGUCUAUACCAUCGCCAACGAUACAGGAGAGGAGGAGGAGGAGGAAGAACAGGAAAGCCGCGAGGAAACACACAUGCACACGGUCACCACCGUCACCACUAUCAGGGAGAUGCACAGUGAGCCUGAGUCUGCUAUGGAUCGUUUUGAGACAUAUUCCCGCACCGUGGUGGAGGAAGAACCCCGUGUCCAAACGCCAGAACCUGAUGCCAAAAAGGCGAUCGUAUAUGUGAAGGAGUAUGUCAACACAUCAGAGCUGGCCAUGCAUAACAUCAGUGAUAAUGGGUCAGAUUAUUUAACAUCAAGCUCCGUCAAUUACUCUUACAGAAGCCCCUCCACUUAUUCCAGUGGUUCACUGUCCUCCAGCUGUAACUACUGUGGAGAGCAGGUGGGCAAUGAUGCCAAGAUCACCAUUGAGCACCUCAAUAUCAACUGCCACCCUUCCUGCUUCAAGUGUGGUGUGUGCAAUAAGUAUAUGGGAGACCUGAUCGACAGCAUGUUCCUGCAUGGUGGGAAGGUCCACUGUGAGAGCUGCUACUCCAACGCUUUGGACUGAUUAUCAAAGCUCUUCAGCAGCCUCGUGUUCAUUUGCAUAUUAAGUGGUGAUCAAAGAGACUCUCGCAGUGAACAAUAUGAUUUCUUAAUGCCCAUGCUUACAUUGUGUCAAACGUCUGAUUUCUUUAACGUGUCUUAAAAGCUUGCGUUGUUAUUUCUUUUCCCAUGGUGAUGAAAGCUGUAUCUGCCUCCGUUUGAAUAUGAAGGAUAUGUCUGUACGACACGAUGUGCCGCGUACAACUGUGAACGGGGUACAAUACUAUAAUUAAGCAAGAAGAAGUUGUGCAAGACAAUGACUUUGUUACAAAAACGUUUACUUUCUUUGUUCUCCGCGAUACAAAAGAGUGUGCUCACAUAGAUGAUGUAUUUUGACAAAAAUAAACUGAUUUAUAUGAUCCUGGUAAAAAAAAAAAAAACAACAUGUGAUACACACACUUACUGUGCAAGGAGACCCACGGCUGACUGUGGAGUCUUGAGCUGUUACAUAUUUAUGUCAUUUAAAAAAAGAUGACUGCACAUAAAGAAGUAACAGAAUACAGUUAAAAGCAAUAAAGUAUAUAGCACAGAAAUUCA